CCUGAAUCACUCGGCAGUACCCUCCAAGCAUGAAAUGAGGAAAACAGGCGCCCUGCCAGUCCCAGGGAGAGGACAAAGCCCUGGAGGCUGCAGCUAACUUCUUCAAACCAGGUCAAGGGAGAAAGUUCUGCAGACUGAGAAAAACAUGAAGCCGGCGGGACAGAUCGUCCUGCUUGCGGCCAUUCUGACGUUUGCUGAGCUGGUCACUGCAGCAAGCCCGAGAUUCCUGGUAAAACCGCGCCACCAGGUAGCUCGGCUGGGAAGUGCAGUGACCUUUCAUUGCAGAGUGGUUGGAGAUCCACAACCUACCCUUAUAUGGACAACAGAUAACUUGGAGCCGCUUUUAUUCCCCGGUGGAACUUAUGGCCGUGUCAAGGUCAACACUAACGGAGACCUGACGAUAUCUGAUGUCCAGUUGUCUGACCGGGGAGAGUACACCUGUCAGGGCAUCAAUGUUGAUGGAGCGGCUACUGCAAAGGCCAAGCUGGUGGUCUUGGCGAAAGGAAGUGAAACCAACAUUUCAGAAAUGAAGACAAAGGAUCGUCUUGAACCGAUUGAUGAGAGUGCACAACUUGACACACCAUGGUGGCCAAGACCCGUGCUCAACCCAAGCGUUGGCACGUUCCGUGAUCUAGCAACUGAAAUGCACAAAAACAAAAAGGUGUCCGAAUACGUGUCAUCUCUUCGUCUUGUUGGAGAGCACUUACAACGCCUCACAGGAAAGAUCACCGCUUUAGACGUGCAUCUUCUGUAUUAUAAAAGAGAGUCAAGGAAGACUUCAGACGCGUUUCAAAGAGUAUUGGGGUUCAUCAAUGGGCAAUCUCGGAAACUUGACGGCGAGGACAUAUUUAGUUCAACCAGAAUGGUCGUUUUGUCGGGUUAUAUCGGAAUCGUCAAAUCAAUAACAUCACGGCAUAUGUUUGUGGAAAACAUCAAAAGGCCUAUUUCGAACUGUCUCAUCUUUUCACAGGCUUCGAAGAUCGUGCAUAAUUUGAACACUCUGGGCGCAUCUUUGAUAGAACUGAAAAGAGAAAUAGAUGAUUUUGGCGAAAUACUUCCCCCUGAAGGACUUCAAAGUGGCGCUCUUGAAGAUUUUAUAAAUGAUACAUACGAGUGUCCUGAAUUCCAGCAAGUUGACACUCCUGAUAUUCCCGAAAGGCUGCAGGAAAACGUCAAUGUCACUUUACUGGACUUCGCGAAAGUCGCGGAACAUUCCGACAGAAUUUCAAGCAUCAUCCAGGAGGCUCGUGACAUCAUAGAAGAAAUACGAUACGUUAAGAACAUAUUGUUUUAUAGCUCAACCCUUCUACAUAGCAUAGCCAAACCAGGAACAAACGUUGCACUCAACAAGAAGGCCUCGCAGAGCAGUUUGUUGAGAUCGGAAUACCCUGCGGAGCGAGCUGUGGACGGAAACACAGGAACCAUUCUGUACCCCCGACAGGAAUGCACACAUACGGACCUGGAGUACGAGCCGUGGUGGAAGGUGGAUCUUGGAGACACAUACGUCAUCAGUCACGUGACUGUCAUCAACCGUGGGGACUGCUGUGGAGAACGGCUGCGAAAUUUCAUGGUGCGAGUUGGCCCCUUUGAGGACUUCCGGGAAAACACACCAUGCGGUGAUAUUUACUCGGACACUCCUUCGGAUGGUGAGACCAUCGACGUGCGGUGUGCCGAGCCCAUCUCAGGGAGGUGGGUGUCUGUUCAACUGAUCGGUCGGGAGGACUACCUGUCUCUGUGUGAAGUACAGGUGUUUUCAGAAUCAGGUUGA